UAAUCAUCGUUGCACGGCACGAACGUGGAUUUUCGAAUUUGAUUCGGAAACGCGUAUUAUGUCGCUUGCCCCGUCACGCAUACCGUCUGUCGCCGGUCGCCGCCGUUAGUAAAAUUUCGCUGCCUGUCUCCACGCACGUUACUUAAUACAUAUUCGAUUUCCGUUUGAUUCGCCGCUGUUGUGGUUCACCGUCCCCCGACAGUAAACGAACUGAAUAUCGAUCCACGUCCCUGGCCCCUGCGAUCGCGAUCGCAAGUCGCUUUCCUCGAACGCCGCCGCCGUCGUCGAGCCUAUCCCAAUCGAACUCUCGUUGUACGAGCGCACACGCACACAUACACGCGCGCACACAAACACACACAUUGCACACGCGUGCGCGAAUACGAUACUACGACGAUAAUAUUAUAGUACACGACCGUGACUCUGGAACCCGAGACACGUUUCGAUCAUGCUUUCUGCGACGUAUAAUAGCACCCCGUCCAUUCUGCUGAAAUGCUGAUCCUGUAGCACUACGACGACAAUAUCGUCAGAUGAUCUGACAAAACAGAAUACACAUCUGCCGCUGUUGACCUUUGAUCGUUUAACCAUGGCUGAUGUACUGCAGUCCAUUUGCAACCCGUUGCCACUGUCAUCCAGCCAAUCAUCGAUUGUUAAAGAGGGAUGGCUGUUUAAACGAGGUGAACACAUUAAAAACUGGAGGUCCCGGUAUUUUAUACUGUUUGCCGAUGGUUCACUCAUGGGCUACAGAAACAAACCUGAAGGUCCAAUGACUGAACCUCUAAAUAAUUUCACUGUAAAGAGAUGUCAAAUAAUGAGUGUUGAUCGUCCUAAACCAUACACAUUCACAAUUCGAGGAUUACAAUGGACCACUGUAAUUGAACGAACGUUUCAUGUGUCUUCUGAUAAAGAGAGAGAAGAAUGGAUGACUGCCAUUAAAGGUGUAUCAGAACGUUUGUCUGAUGUUGAUGAAGUUGAAAUGGAAGGCGUAUCUCAUUCGACUAGUAUGUCAAGUACAAUGUCAGGACCCAGUUCAGAUGACUUCAGUGCCAAAUUUUCCGUUCAAGGAACUUCUUCAAGUAAAUCCACUGGAAAACGAAAAGUGACUCUUGAGAAUUUUGAGUUUCUUAAAGUACUUGGAAAAGGUACAUUUGGAAAAGUGAUUUUAUGCCGAGAAAAGGCUACGGGUCAUUUAUAUGCUAUCAAAAUUCUUAAAAAAGAAGUCAUCAUCCAAAAAGAUGAAGUUGCUCAUACACUAACUGAAAACAGGGUUCUCCGCACUACUAGUCAUCCUUUUCUAAUUUCAUUGAAGUACUCAUUUCAAACUGCAGAUAGAUUAUGUUUUGUCAUGGAAUAUGUAAAUGGUGGAGAACUAUUCUUCCAUUUAUCCAGAGAACGUGUGUUCACAGAAGAUAGAACUCGUUUUUAUGGAGCUGAAAUUAUUUCUGCUUUGGGUUACUUACAUUCCCAAGGAAUUAUUUAUAGGGAUUUAAAACUUGAAAAUUUACUAUUAGAUAAAGAUGGUCACAUUAAAAUAGCUGAUUUUGGAUUGUGCAAAGAAGAUAUUACCUAUGGAUCAACAACCAAAACAUUCUGUGGCACACCUGAAUACUUAGCUCCAGAAGUGUUAGAAGAUUUAGAUUAUGGACGGGCUGUUGAUUGGUGGGGAAUAGGAGUAGUCAUGUAUGAAAUGAUGUGUGGAAGAUUACCAUUUUAUAACAAAGAUCAUGACAAAUUGUUCACUCUCAUUUUGAUGGAAUCUGUAAGAUUUCCUAGAGGUCUUUCUGCUGCUGCAAAAAGUUUGCUAACUGGUCUUUUAAUCAAAGAUCCCAAAAAGCGAUUGGGUGGUGGUCCUGAUGAUGCCCAAGAAAUCAUGAGCCAUGUUUUCUUUAGUAGUAUUAAUUGGCUGGAUUUGGAACAAAAAAAGAUUCCUCCUCCAUUCCAACCUCAAGUAUCAUCAGACACAGACACACGAUAUUUUGACUCGGAAUUUACUGGAGAAUCUGUUGAACUUACUCCACCUGACCUAUCAUCGCAUCACCUCAAUAGCAUUGCAGAAGAAAUGGAACAAUCACAACCAUACUUCCCACAAUUCAGCUACCAAGACUUAGCUGGAUCAAUAUCAAUAAGUGCCAGUUCGUGUUUCAGUCAUACGUGAACAAAAUAAAAAUAUGUAAGUGAUUCUGUAAAAUAUUGCUUAACAAUUAAUUAAUUUACUACAAAUGAUAAACUGACUUUACUCUUCAUAUUUUUUCUUUUUGACAUUAGGCUAUUUUCUGUAUAUAAAUUAUAUUAAUAUUAUACAAUGUUUUGAACUAGUGAAUUUUUUUUUUUUUUUUUUGAACGUUGGUCAAAUACUUAUUGAAACUUUUAACAUACAAAAGUCACUCUUAUAAGAUCGUUCAGUAUUUAUAGAAUUUUUCAUCUAAUUUUUUAUUUUAUUUUUUUUUUUGUAUGUAGUUGUUUAUUAUAAAUUAUUGCUGUUUUUUUUUCAAUUAUUAUUAUUAUUAUUUUUUCUGUCUUGUUGAAAGUAUUUGUUUUGUGUACAUAUUGUUGAAAAUUUAUUCUAAAAACAUUUUGCCGGCCUCCCUUGUAUGCAGGAUACAUUUUUAUCCUUACAAAUUGUAAAGCAUUUUUUUUUUUUUUUUUUUUUUAUGUUUUCGAUAAGGUAUUUACUGUUUGUCUUAAUCUUAUAUCAUAGAGAGCUCUAGAAAUAGUGUAUUGGGUUAUAAGGGAGUGUGAUUGGGAAAAAUUGUAGGUAGAAAAUGUAUACAAGCGGGAUUUGUACUCUAGAAAUUAUUUAAAAGGCUUGCAAUCAAGUUUUUAUAUAAUUAUACAUUAUGAAUUAUAUUUUGUAAUAUAGCCUUUACACUUUAUGUGAACUUAUUGUCAAAUAAUCAUUUUAAACCAAGUACCAUUCAAAUUCCAUAUAUCAUAAAUUAAAUCUUUAUUUUUAAUACUGUUAAUGAAUGUAUGCAUAAU